CCGAUGAAAAAUGGGACCAGGAACCAGUCUAGGAUGGAAGCUUCGUCGACAGACAUAUGGGAUGACAGCACACAAAUUCGCUGGGUGGCAAAUGAAAUUGUAAACUGACUCGGGAAAUCACCACUCUGCUGUUCACCCAGCCAGUCAUCAUGACUCCGACCAGUCAGCCCGGUGUGAUCACGCAGCAGUCUGGCCAGCCGCUGAGAACUGGCCCUAGCCCCAACACGCCUUACAAGAAGGUCCCCGGACUGAUGGGAUUAUCGAUAGUCCACAUCGUGCUGGGGAGUCUGAGUACUCUCUUGGGGAUCGUUGCUAUAGUGCUUCGCUGCAAUUCUUCGUAUGCUGGAUGGGGUAUCUGGAGUGGACUUGUGUUUUUCCUCUUGACUGGAAUUCUGGGUUUGGUCGCUGGGUAUCAAAAGAACAAUAGAUGCAUGGUCAUUGCAGUGAUGGUGAUGUCCAUACUCACAGCAGUGGCAGCUUGCCAGUUGCUGAUUGUCUCUGUCAUCGCGGCCUUGUCCGAGUUCGGCUACUUUUGUAGACCGCAUCCCGAGCCGUAUGGCGGUGUUUCGUGUAUUGUUGGGACGCCAUCUCGUCAAGCCGUUGAUUCGCUGUUGGCCAUACUCGGCCUGGCUGAGAUGAUCAUCAGCAUCGUGACUGCCUCUAUGUCCUGCUAUGGCGUCUGCUCCUGCUGCAACUCCUACACCCCAGUUACGGUGCAAUCCGUGCCUCAACCAGCCAAUGCACAGUUUGUACCCAUGACGAUCAUGCAACAACAGCGGCAGGUUGACAUCCGGUUUGCUGGAAUGAAUGCACAACAGGAGCCCCUACAACAGCCAGUGGCUGCUGCCGCUGGAGGAACCUCGGCUGGUCCGCAGUAUGCGACAAAUUACAAUGUGGCCCCUACCCAGCAAGUUGCCAAUAUUCCCCAAGGAAAUGCCUGUGCUCCCCAACCCGUUGGAGGUCCUUCAAUUCAAGCACUGCAGCCUGUGAAUGUUGCCCCCCAGUCGACCGGCGUUGCUCCCCAGCAGGUGGUUGUCACUGUACCGGGCCAAGCCCCACUGACCAGGCCCGCCAGAGCCGGGAUGCAGACAACCCAAGGACCGCAGGCGUUCGCUAACCAGACAGGUAACCAGACAGGCGUUGCCGAAACCGGAGGAAGUGAGCAUUUCCAUCACGAUGACAAGAAAGGUCUUCUUGAAACUUCUUAAAUCGCUGUCCAACAGUAAAUGGUCCCUCCUUCCCAACGUCUUUGUCGUCUAGCUUUGAAUUUAUAUCGAAGCAAAUACACGCUGAAGUUACUUAGAGGGCCAAAUCAACUAAGAAAAUGAAACAAUUACAUGUAAUAGCCUUUUUUACACUCCGGGAAACAGUUUCAAAAAGGUUCAAAACCAAGUUUGCCCAAUCAAACCAUUCUGAAAAUGUGUAUGGCGAGCUUUGUAGUGGUAAUAGGACUGCAUGGAAAAUUUCUAUUUUUAUGGCACUUGUACUUUUUAACAGGGUUUCUAUCAUUCGUUGUGCAUAUUAGAACAUUUGUUAUGUAUUUUGCACAUUAGAGAUGUCGUUAUUAUUACAUUUUUAUUGCUGAACGGAAACACGGUUUUUCAGUGCUUUUAUUUUCAUUGCUAUAUUGCAGUUUCCGUUAUUUCCAUUAAAAGAGACAGACAUGUUUUGGUGGGAGAAGGUAUAAAGGUAUGAGUGCUGAAGAAAAGGAUUUCUUAGGUUAAUUGGAAAGAUUGCCUUUAACUUGACAUAAAAAAUGUGGUAGGUAGCAGAUGAAUGCAAUUGUAUAUCGGAGUCUAAGUUUUCAUUAUUACUCAGUUUGGCAUAUUACGAGGUUGACUUUCUGCAUAUUCUAGGUUUUGCUUCAGUGUGAAAUCGUUCGUGAUAUUACUGAGUGUCCAGCUUUCCCCCAAUUUAAUUCAAAUGUAAUGUUAGUACCAAAAGCCCAU